CACAAAACAGAUGAAGCAGUAGUCUGAAUUAGACGUGGUUUUGUCAUGAAACAGGAUAUUUUUGUGAUAAAAAAUAUUGUGAACACUGAAAGAUGAUGUUAAGGAUCAUAAAUUAUUAUUAAAAAAAUGAAAUGAAAUGAAAACUGAAAGUGGUCAAGAAAGAAAUACAACAUAAUGGAUAAUUAGGAGACAAAAUUUGUGAAAGUGUUAAUGUGGAUGCAGAAUUUAAAAAGCAAUAAAGCUCUCGCUGAAUACACUUCAAUGGAAUUGGUUCUUGAAAAACAUCUACUGAACAAAAACAGGAUGUGCAUGUUCUUACGUCAGUCAGCAAAUGAUAGAAUCUGUUCAGAUGUGAAGUAAAACUAUUUGUUAUAAAAAGUUUAUUUUCUAUUUGACAGCAUUAGACUCAAACUAGAACACUAGAACAUGGGCUACAAGUAAAUAUUUUCAGUAAAGUUUGUUCUGGACAGUUGAGGAUUUUGGCUUCAAACAAAAGUGUUAUUAAAUGUUCUAGAAAAAUAUAAGAUGCCAUGCCUAGCGCACCACAAAUGAUACUUUUUCAGUAAAGAUUAUUCGGGACAUGAUAUAGCCAUCGUUGUCACAUCGGUGUAAUUGAGAAGAUUAUUUUUACUUAUUGUUUGGUGUCUGCUCGGUUCCAAAUAUGAAUGUGUCCACCAUGUUGACCCCUAUUCCUACUGGAGUGGAGGAUGAUGGGAAUUUCACGGAUUAUAUGAAUGAAUUAAUGUCUAUUACAGAAUUGUCAUUACAACAGCGUGCUCAUAUUAUUCUGUCGCAGCCAGUGUCCAUUAUAUCGUUAGUUCUAUGCUUUCUGACGAUCGUGGCCAAUUGUUUGUCGAUCUGUGCUACCGUUCUUGGCCCACCAGCUUUUAUUAACACACACAUGAAAUUAGUAAUCAGUCUUGGACUCUCAGAUUUAUUAGUCAGUUUUAGUGUCCUGCUGCAUAUUUUGAACAAAGUUUUCACAAACGUGCCCCGGUUUGAUGCUGGUCCAGAUGACCGCCUGCCAUUCUCAUGUAUGACAUUGUUUACGUUUGCGCUCCACACCGCAGCUACGAUGAUUUCGUUACUGAAUCUUUUAGCGAUGGCGGUCGAUCAUUAUGUAGCCAUUAUGAAUCCGCUACAUUACAACGAGCAUUUAAACGAGGUGAAAGGAAACAUAUUAAUUAUAGUGAUUUGGCUUCUCGCAUUUGCGGGAGGAUUUUCUGUGUAUUUGGGAGAUGUUCAGGAAUUCCAGGCGUACAAGCAUGUGAUCAAUUACUGUGAAUUUGUUCAAAAAAACGACUUCCAUGGAGAAUAUUUAGUUUUUUUCAUAGCUUUUGUGUGUUUCUUUGUCAUCACUUACACUUAUUUACGGAUUUACAUGGAAGUUAGGCGAGUCUAUCGACAGGGGACAAGAGACGACCUGGAUUACGCGCGUAACAGGAAGGCUCUUUUAACCAGUCUUUUAAUUAUAGGAACAUUUGUGCUAUGUUGGUUACCCACUUGUGUGUUUCAAGUAGCUCUGGUUAUCCAGGUCCGUGUAAAUUCCACCAUUGUCAGACAAAUGUACGCAACUCUAUUGAAAGCAAACAGAUACCUCAACUUGCUACUAUUGGUCAACGCCUUGUGUGAUCCUAUUGUUUACGCUGUGCGAUUAAAAAAUGUGCAGCUGGGAUACAGACGAAUAUUCCAAAUGUGUCGGAUUUUAAAACAUAAAAAGCGUCGACAUUCAACAAUGAAAUCUGAACGAUGUACGACACAAAUUGCUCGAUUACAAACCAUGGAUAUUAUAAGUCCGGGUAUAUGCAACAUGGAGAACGAAAAAACGAAUGAAUGUGUGGAAUUAUUACCCAUACAUAACAAUAACUUCAUUAUUAAUUCGGACAAACAAAAUGGUGCCCUAAUAUAACCUGUUAUACUCUAGACAGUGCUUUCACUCUCUGACUGCACUAUAUAACAAUAACUUCAUUAUUCCCAUAUAUAAUGAAAUGUAAUAAAAUCUAAGACUAUGACAAAAUUAACUCCUUAAUUAAAGAUACAUUAUGGGAGAAUACAUAAAGAGCUGGUAGUUUUCACUAAAAUAGUUAAAAACUAGAUACUGUAAAGGGAAUUUGCUGAAAAUUUCAGUCAAAUUGAUCACUAUGAACCAAGAUUUUAGCGAUUUAAUUUUCGGCCUAGCCUCGAUCAUCAUUACUAAAGUUGGUAGGAUAAAAAACAUAGUCUCGAUUAUCCAUUUCAUGAUUUAAUUAUGAAUGGAAGUUUAAAGAAAGACCUGCAAUAGGCAGAUUUAGCUCUUGCAUAAUGUAUGUUUAAAGUACAGCUAAUGGUUGGAAGAAAUCCUGGUAACAGUGCAGGCAAGAUCAGAUGUCAGGGGCCAAAUAAAACUUUGAUAACGUCCUACUGUUCUGCAUCAACCAGGCUAUUAAAGACGGGCCUAUGCCAUACAGAUAUAAAUGAGAGAAAUUUUGCCCAGACAGUGGCGCUAUGUUCGACUCUUAUUCCAAAUUCCAACCCAAAGGUUCUUUUAUGUGCACACCAACUUGUACACAGGACCCUGUUUUUCAUCCCCAUCUGAACAACUAGAUAUUGUUCCUUGCCAGGCCCUGUCUGCACCACUGACAAGGGGGAAUCCUGUUCUUUCUUGGCUAACACCAGUAUCAAACUGCAGGCCUCUGGUUAGUGAGCCUGUGCCUUAAUCACUGAGCCACCAACAUCAUUAUUCAUACUGUCAAUACUGACAAAAUGGUGUCUAAAAUUAACUGACAUUAUUAUUCAUACUGUCAAUACUGACAAAAUGGUGUCUAAAAUUAACUGACAUUAUUAUUCAUACUGUUAUUACUGACAAAAUGGUGUCAAAUAAAAACUGACAGCGUUCUUGUUCGAUUUCUUUACCAACUCCCAAUGGUCAUUUACAUUUCAAGAUUUCUGUAAUUUUAUACCAAUGUGGUUCACUUUAUACAUAUUUUAUUUCAAAGUAUAAGUUAGUUUUAGUAUAUUUACAGGACAGAGAAAAAUAUAAAACAUUUCCGGAUUUCAGUUACGGACGUUAAUCAAUCUGAAGAUAUGUUGCCAGGGUACAAAGCCAUAGCUCGAGAGAGAGAGAGAGAGAGAGAGAGAGAGAGAGAGAGAGAGAGAGAGAGAGAGAGAGAGAGAGAGAGAGGUUGGGGUUAACACUCGACACAAACUAGGUCAUUUUGGGACUAACGUAUUGUUCAAUUUUAUUUCAAUAAUUCGCUUGUGCAUAGGGGUCUUUAGCAGUGGGAGGAAACCAGAGGACCCGAAGAAAACCCACGAGGUUGGACAGGCGACGCUAUUCCUUAUCACGUACAACCAGGGAACCAAAACCACGCCAGAUUAUUCAAUGACAGGCCUUAUGAUACAACGCGCAUGUGCUAACCAUUGGGCCAUCCAACCCACCACAAUACUGUGAAAGUUUAAUCUCUAAAAGGAAUAUUAGUCCACAAAUAGUUCUAUUCUGUUCAGUAUUUACAAACAUACAAUGAAAUGAAAAUUUGUCAACAUUGAGCAUCCACUGUCAACAAACCAGUGCCACCAGUGAUUUCUGAUGAAAUAUUUUGAUGGGCCUCUUUUUAACCCGAUUGAAUCUUUGAGGGAGAUUAUCUACCAUAGAUUUUAAUUUUCAUAGUUAAAUAUUAAACAUACAUUAUGCAAGAGCAAAAUCUGAUUAUUGCAAGUCUUAAUUUAGGCUUCAGAUGUUAUAGAAAUUAUAAAUUAGAUCUUUAUUUAAACAACAAGCCCAAAAUCAACUCUGUAGACCCACGGAUGGCUCGGCUACAGCUCGGAUUUAAAUAGGAUUUCACUUAUUGAUAAAUUCAAAUAUGGCGCGCCCUGAUGAGAAUACGUCAGUUAGAUCGAGGCUAAAUGAUAGAGUGUACUUAGCGAGGCCGCUGUAGAGCGUUUCCUCAUGCCAUUAAAAACUUUACUUGAUAAUCGAGAUAUGUAGGUGGAGUUAACGCCUGUCAAUCAAACGAUCGGUCAAGGUGAAGGCACAUUUCACUACCAUUUCUAGUCAAAUAUUACAACGAUGAUAACUAUGUUCAGAAUAAAGUAAUUUGACUGAAAUUUUCAAUAUAUUCUUCUUUCAUCAUCUACUUUUGAACUGUUAUAGCAAGAAUGGCCAACUCUCUAUAAAAAUCUCCCAUAAUGUAUCUUUAAAUAAUUUGUAUGCCAUAUAACAUAAUUUAAAUUGUGAAUUUUUCAAUAUUUUCUGAAAAAAGCAAAUGCCUACCAUUAUUGUAGUUGGCAGGGGAUUAAACAUUCUUCAACUGAUGGCCAGCGGCUUUAACAAAAUACUUUAAGAUAUAACUUUGAUGUAAAAACAAGUCAGGUAAAAAACAAUGUGUUAUAAAGAGAAAUGUUGCCUAAGCAGCCAUGCUAUCGCCAAUUCAGGUAAAGGUAUCAAACUAUUAAAUCUAAAAUCUCUCACUGUCUAUUUUCUGUAUUA